AUGUUGUUCUCCAUUUUCGCAAGGAUAGCGCGACUACCAGCAAGCCGCCUUUUGUGGUACCUCGAGGAGAUCAGCGCGCAGCAACUACCGGCAAAUCUGCGCGCAGGCGUUAAUUGGAACAUGCAGCUGCUACUCUUAAUAAAUACGCACGUGUUCCGCUUGCAAAUUUUUACCUUUUUGCUGGCUGUUGCUGGAAAACUGGACUGGACCGCCAUCGUAACUGCGCACUUGAACCAAACUCGGAACUUCGGACCAACCUUCAACAAACUCGCAGAACCACCAACAUUAUUCAGGACAAGCAUCCUGAAUCUUAACUCGCGCAUGGACAGCGCAAGUGUGAGCCGGCAGCAUAAACAUUUGGCCGCAUUUCCGACUGGCAGCCGGGCCGGCCUUGGAGAAAUCUCGUCGUCGUUUCGCUGCGGCGUAUGUCAUUAAGCAGUUUUGUGCUCAUACAGCGAUCAGCGGGUCUAGGCAAGGCGUAAUUUGGGAAACGGCAGCAGCUCAUCAAUUAUGUUGUUCUCCAUUUUCGCAAGGAUAGCGCGACUACCAGCAAGCCGCCUUUUGUGGUACCUCGAGGAGAUCAGCGCGCAGCAACUACCGGCAAAUCUGCGCGCAGGCGUUAAUUGGAACAUGCAGCUGCUACUCUUAAUAAAUACGGUAUUAAAUGACGAAAUAGAUGAUCCGAUUUACGAAUUAAUAGAAAGGUAUUCCAGUAUAGAAAAACUUAUACGUAUAAUAGCAUACAUAAAUAGAUUCGUGCAGAUGAAAACAAAAAAUAAAGCCUAUUCAUCAAUUAUUUCAGUAAAGGAGAUAAAAAUAGGGAAAACAGUUGUUAUUAAGAAACAACAAGAAUACCAGUUUAGGCAAGAGAUAAAGUGCCUUAAAAUCAAAAAGGAAAUC